AUGAGUGGUCAACUUGAACGCCAAGGCCUCGUUGAUCAUGCCAUUGAGAUCAAGGAAGAGAGCCCAGCUCCUGACGCCGCACCUAUAGGCGACAUUUUCACGUCCGAUAUCAUGCCUUCCGAGAAGCCCCGCGAGAAGAUAUUUUUUCUUAAGAGAUUUUUCGACGGCCAUCCCCGUCUUGACGUCCUUAUUGAGAUAGGGACAGGCUGCCUUCGUCCGGGCACAAACAAGGCCGAAUUCGCGAUCUGGGAAACGUGCGAGGACAUCUACAUCUACCGGAAAGCUAGUCCGGAGAUUAAGUUGUUGCAGUCCAUCGGGAACGUGGAGUACGUGGACCCUACAUCUCCAAUGUCUCAUGUCAAACGUGCCUUCGCUAAGAAGACGUGCGGGUUUGUUGGUGCACGCGACUCUAAUGGUCAGUUGCGGGUGCUCAAGCUUGCUGUCAGUGGCACCUCUUUCAAGCCGCGUCGAGAUGAAGACAAUAACGACUUCAUCUUCCACGCCAAGUGGGCUACGAGAGUUAAACACUUGGCGAAGCGAAUGAAGAUUAAUCUGCGGACGAUAUACGACGGGCACCACCAGAAAGCGAACCUAGAAAAUACCGGAAACUGGCGAGCCGGCCAUGUUGAAAAGAAACUAGCUACACAUAUCGUGUGGACUUUCUUGGCCAAGCAUCGACUAGUUGACAAGACGCGCAAGGUCUCCCUGGAAGACCUCCGUCAACUUCGUCAGUGCCUGCAACAGAAGGGCAGCAAGCCCCAAUUCGAAUUACAUCUGAGCCGUGCCCCUUGUGGCACAUUUUACAAACCGGGCAGAUGUGUGCCUUUCGUUCGAAAACUGGCCCAGCUUACAGGGGUUCACUUCACAAUACAUUCCUGGGAGGAAAACAUGAUCCUAGAUGGAUCAGUCCCAUCCAGAUGCGCACCCCGAGAAGUGGAGAAGAUCGGACCUCAAGACAGAGCAGAAAGUCCUGGCGCCUACGAUAGUGAGGAUGAUGACCUUGAGGCGUUUCUCGAUGAGGCUGAAGCCCAGACGAACAUCGUCUUUGACGGUUUUGAGGAACCGCCACCCAAAAUCUCAGGCAGAGCUGCCCAACAACGCUUUGCUGAGUCCAUUCGCAGGUUCGACAACAUCAAGAAACCCAUGCCACCAACCCCAGUUUUUGAGGAUCCAUUUUGGCAGGCAGCAACCACAUACGGGCGUACGUCAGCGUCUUCUCGAAGUCACUUCUGGGAGGACACAACCCCGCUCAGCUCUCGACGGCGACAGUCUGCGGCUUCUGAGGAUAAGCGGGAUCGGCGGGCUCGGAAGCUCGAGGUGAGACGGCGUCGUUCGGCGGUCUCAGCCAGCGAGGCUACGCAGCAUUCUGCAGAAAUGUCUGCGCUCGCAGGUCGCUUGGGCGGUCUACUCAACUCUAGCCGGCUACUGAGAUAA